AUGAAUAUCGCACUUAAGGUACACAAGGUUUGGGAGGCGAUCGAAGAAGAAGCAAUCGAAGGAGAAGAGAAUGACAUGGCAAUGGCAUUAUUGUUUCAAUCCAUACCGAAAGUUUUGGUUCUCCAAGUUGGCGAGCUAAGCACCGCCAAGAAGGUGUGGGAGGCGAUCAAAACUCGACAUGUAGGAGCUGAAAGAGUUAAGGAUGCACGGUUGCAAACAUUGAUGGCUGAUUUUGAUCGCUUAAAGAUAAAAGAAACAGAGUCAAUCGAUGAUUUUGGAGGAAAAUUGUCUGAGAUUGCAUCAAAGUCUGCAGCCCUAGGAGUCAACAUAGAAGAGCCAAAGUUAGUCAAGAAACUUCUAACCAGUCUACCACGGAGGAAGUAUAUUCACAUUGUGGCUUCUAUUGAGCAAGUACUAGACCUAAAUAAUACAAGUUUUGAAGAUAUCAUGGUUCGUAUGAAAGCUUAUGAAGAGCGUGUUCGUGAUGAAGAGGAACCACAAGAGGAACAAAACAAACUGACGUAUGCGACCUCCGAGCCUCAAGCUACGCAAUGUAACCAUGAUUACAACAGAGACAAUCGUGAUUACAACAGAUAUCAUCGUGGCAGAGGCAGAGGAAGGUCAUACUACAGAGGCCGUGGACGAGGACGUUACUAUGGAGAUAGAGACGCGUCUAAAGUUGUAUGCUAUCAUUGUGACAAGCUAGGACACUAUGUUUCGGAUUGUCCAGACCGUAUCCUUAAGUUGCAGGAGGCCCAUGAGACCAAUAACAGUGACACUCAGGACGCAGAUGAGUUGAUGAUGCAUGAUGUUGUCUAUCUUAACGAGAAAAACUUUGUACCCGAGAAAUACGAGACAUGUAUGGAUGCAGAAGACAUAUGA